AUGGAUAAAGCAAAGCAGAAAAAAGAAAGUGUUGACUAUCGUCGACUAGGAAAAUAUGAUGUUAUUGAGGUUGACGGAAAAGAAAAACUUAUUGUGCCAGUAACAGAAGACAAUAGCGUUAUUUUGUACUAUGUGCACACAGAAGAGUUAUUCGACUCGCUACAUGAUAUUCACUUGAAAAUUGGACAUGGAGAUAGCAUACGGAUGGAGAAGGAGCUGCAAACUAAGUACAAAAAUGUCACCAAGGAAAUCAUUACAUUGUAUCUCCGCUUAUGCAAACCGUGUCAGACCAAAUUAUCUAAUCCUAAGAGAGUUCUAGUUUCUAAACCUUUGAUAUUUAAAGAAUUUAACUCAAGAUGCCAGGUAGAUCUUAUCGACAUGCAAAGUAACCCAGACGGCGAAUUCAAGUUUAUACUCAAUUACCAGGAUCACUUAACAAAGUUCAUAUUAUUGCGAGCUCUGAAAAGCAAAAGAGCAGAAGUUGCUUACCAGCUACUGGAUGUCUUCACCACCAUAAGUGCACCAAGCGUGCUUCAAUCAGAUAAUGGAACAGAAUUUGCGAAUCAAGUUAUUAAUGAACUCAAGAACAUGCGGCCUGAAUUGAAACUAGUUCAUGGAAAACCGAGGAAUAGCCAAAGCCAAGGUCCAGUAGAACGUGCCAAACCAAGAUGUUCAGAAUACGAUGAUGACAAAUAA